UUACAAAGCGUAUUUUCCUUAAAAACUCCUCUUAUUUCAUUAUGUGACUUAUUUUUAUAAAAGUUAAAUUAUGUCUAUCUUUGCUCCGAAAUACUAAAUGAUUUUCAAGAAUAUUAACGAGCAACUUUUUUAAUCCCAAGUUCUAUGAAAUCGUGUUAAUGAGAUCGUCGUGGGUUCAGCAAGUUUAUUUCAAACAAAUAGUGAAUGUGCUGGCAAAUUCAUGAACCGCGACUGCCUCCACGAUGCAUGAACUGCUGAAGCACGUUCUGAACGAGAGAGACCUGACGAGGGCUGGUGAUAUCUUCACUAUCCCGGAUUCGGAAAUAGUUAAUGACCUGAAUGAAGUGCUCAAGCAAAUAGCAGACAUAUCAUCCAGACCUGACUACUGUCGCAAUGAUCGCGACCAAGCAAUCAUUGAAAUAUGUGUUACCAGAGUGACAUCAUGUGUGCGCGAGACAGGGACCUUGGACAAGUACUGUGGAGCGCUUGUAUCUCUACUGGAGUCCUGUUUACACCAGAACUUAAUGCCACUGGGACAUCUGAGGGAUGACGAUCCACCACAUGCAAAAAUAGCAUCUGAUAUUAUAGCUUGUAUAAUUCUGGUGUCAUUCCCAGUGCAAGCCGAAAAAGAGAACUAUGGAAACAAGGCAGUCAUGGAACUUUUUCUGCCAGUUGCAGUUCAGUUUUUGCACAAAGGCAAUCGCGAGAUAUCUCGGGACAUGGCGCGCUAUCUGUCACUGGCAGCUGUACACCACGCUAAUUUGUUGAAACCACAUGUACAAACUAUUAUGGAUUCUAUUAUGUCUGGCAACUAUCCUCUCUGUCGCAUUCUGACAAAUCUUUACGAGGUCAGUCCAGAGCCUGUGGAGGAGCACGCAGGUGCUCUCGUGUCCCUACUGCCACACGCCGAAAAAGUAGAGAAAAGCUCACUAUUCUCACUUUUCGAGCAAAUAGCAUCCCGAAGACCGGAGGCUCUAAAAAGUAGUUUGCCUCAACUACUGUCGCAUAUGUGCGCUAGUGGGACAAGUCAGACCAAUCCUAGCUGCAUGUGUAUUGAAAUAUUGCAGGUGGCGCGAGCGGCGGCGCGGGCGCGCGCUAGUGUGGUGGCGCCGCACCGCAGCACGCUGGCGAGCGCCGCGCGCGCGCCGCACGCUGCCCCACGUGUCGUCGCGCUCGUCGCCGCCGCGCUCACCGACCUCGCGCGCGCAGACAAGGAGCUGGCGCAGGAGGCGCUGAACUUCGUCCUGGAGAACCUAUCGGCGGAGCGCGCCGGCCACGGGGCGCUGCUGCGAGAGGCGACUGCGCUCUGCAGCGCGUACCCUGAGCUCUUCUCCGACCGCCUACUCGCUGCUUUACGUCCCUCUGCCAGCGAAGUGAACCGAACAUCGGGCGGGGUGACGAUCGUGAAGCUGGGCGGGCCGCCGCCCCCCGCGCCCCCAGCCGCCCCCGCCGCCCCCGCCGCCCCCGCCGCCCCGCAGGCCGGGUACACGCGGCGCGCCAAGUUGGGAGACUCGCGCAGCACGGGCCGCCUGCACCCCGGGCCCAACUCGCACCGCAGCAUGACCAGGCUCAACGUCGCAGGUGGCUCCGUGGGCGGCUUACACAAGAGUAUGACUCGACUGUCGUCGUCCCAACAGAUCAACUCACAGCAAAACAUCAAUGCACACACCAGCAACUCGAGCUCGGGGCCGGGGGCAGGGCCGGGCCCCGGGCCGGGCUCCACGCAGGGCGCGGCCCGAGUGUCGGCGGGCGCGGGCCGGCCGCCGCCGCCCGCUCCUCUCCGCGCGCACCGACACCACAACAUACUCAUCGGGCCCACGAGCGCCGCCCCUACAAUAGUCUCCGGGCCGUCCCCACUACAACCUCAGUCCAUCUCUGUCAACCCACUCACCGGCAAAUCUACAGACGCUCUCACCUCGAUCACAGCCCCCGUAUCCAUUCAGCAUUCGAACACUGCACUCGGCCACGUCUCAGUGGUCACGCCCAGCGCUAACAGCGGGCCCGCAAUCCUGACCACCAACUGCGGAUCGGGCCCGAUUACUGUCGGCUCGUCCCAGGCGAAUCCUAUCUCGAUAUCGGGCCCGGUGACGGUGACGUCACGGCGGGCCAACAACACCAGCGUGACGAUGAUCAACUCAAACUCGAACCACAGGAUCAGCGUGUUCGAGCCGUAUCCCAUGAGAGACACGGUGCAACACUUCUGCGAGAAGCACUUGGAUAAGAUCAAGGCGUAUAUGGAUAAUGUUUCGCUGAAGUUGCCACCGCCCGCAAAGUGUACUAUAGAAGAGCGGCGGUCCAAGAAGCAGGCGCGGCUGGCGUUCGCGUGCGCGCGGCGCGGGCCGCACUGCCUGUUCGCGCGCGCGGCGUUCAGCGUGCGCACGCGCGCGCCGCGGGUGUGGAUCCACCUGAUGUUCCUCGCGCUGCAGGCGCGCCACGCCUCCGCGCUCUCCUCGCGCGACCCCAACGUCGCCACGCUCAAGCACUGCUGGGAGAUCCUCAAGUGCGAGAACAAGACCUUCCUCACACUCGUCACCAGCGCCUUCCCCGGACUCAAGGAGCAAGAGAUGCUGCUGAACGAGCUGCGCGCCGCGGGUUUCUUCGACGUGUUCGAGCUGAGCGGCGGCGGCGGCGGCGGCGGCGCGGAGGCGGCGUGGGGCUGCUUCCUGUGCACGCGGCCGGAGCGCGCCGUGUUCCUGGACGCGGGCGGCGCGCCGCUCAUCGAGGGACAGCUCAAGGAGAAGAAGGGACGCUGGAGACUGUUCCGCCGCUGGCGCACGCGGUACUUCACGCUCUCCGGCGCGCACCUCUCCUGCAAGGGCGCAAGCGGCGGCGAAAGCAUAGACAUCAACCAGAUCAGAUCCGUGAAGGUGUCCCGCGGCGCACGGAAUAUUCCUAAAGCUUUCGAGAUCUUCACGGGAGACCAGACCCUGAUCCUGAAGCCAAAGGACAGCAAGAAUGCGGAGCAGUGGGCGCAGUGCUUGUCCAUAGCUGUUGCGCAUUCGCACGCACGCGACGGUCCCGCCAAAGCCAACAGUCUUCCCGCGCGCGGCCUUACCCUCAAGAGCUUCUGAU